UUCGGGACCCCGGCCCCGCCCCGGUUGCCUAGGCGACGAAGGGCCGCUUUGCAGCAGCGAGAUCAUGGCGUCUUCUUUGGGGUUACCUCUUGGGGUGACGACCCCUGUGGCAAACACCCCGGCGGGAACCUCGCCCGACUCGGAGAAAGAUGCUGCUGACUUCCAGGAACAUGAAGAGAUUCUGUCUCCAGAUUUUCUUUCAGUUGCCCAAAUCACAGAAAUGCAAGCAGAGGAUAUAGAUGGAGUUCAAAAGAAAUUGGCCAUGUUUUUGAAUUUCAAAAACCUUCAAACCUGUUUUAAAGAAGCCAUUCUACUAGAUUAUUAUGUAUCUGGAUUUUUGUGGGCUAAAGGCAUGGACUUUUCUAUUAUUCAGUAUUCAAAAUUUAUGACUUUACUAGAUAUGCUGCUUCACAAUCUUAGAACACUGCACAUGUCCUUAGAAGACAGCUUAAAAUGGCUUGGAGAGGUUAUGGCUGAAAUAGGACCAUCCAAUUUGCAGAAGAAUGAGAAAUGGAGUAUCUUUGAUACAAAACAAGCCAAUGCUAUUAUUGAUUACUUAAAAAUCAGCUUAUUUCAACACUACAAGCUAUAUGAAUUUCUGUUCUACUCUACUAGGGAAGAAAUUGUGAUAGGAACUGAGCAAAUGAUAGAAACUGUCAAGCCUUCAGGUGGCCUUUUCCCCAACCCUCUAGAAGAAGGAAUCUCUUUUGAUAUUUAUUCAGCGUUCAUAGAGCCACCCCCAACACUGGAUACAGAAAUGAAGGGACUGGACCAAGAACAAGGCCCUGAGGACUCCCAGCCAAAAGCCAGUGCUUCAGACACAGAUGAUUUGGUUGGUUUCACUAUUGAGGAUGUAAAAUCAGUGCUGGCUCAAGUCACAGAUGACAUUUUAAUCGGCAUUCAGACCGAGAUAAACGAAAAGCUGCAAAUACAGGAAGAGGCCUUUAAUGCACGAAUAGAAAAAUUGAAAAAGGCCUGAGGACUCGGUACAAAGAGAGUGAUGCUAAACUUCACAGAAACAAACAAAACCAGUCAGAAUAAUAGACCCUCUAGAGCAUCGUGUCUCCUAUAUUUAGUUUAGAGAGGAAAACCAAACCCCACUUUUUAUUAUCCUAAGUAAUUAGAAAAGUAUUGGCCCCAAUUUUGCUAUCUCCUGUCUCAUAACAGCCUCUGAAUUUAUUGCACUGAGUGUAAUAAGAACAUUUUGUCUACAAGAGUUUGGAGAAUUAUAUAUAAAAACACAAUUACUUUUACAGUCCUCCUUUGACAUUUUGACUAAUAAAUGUUAUCCAUCUUCAAGGAGAAUGAAGCCAACAUUUUUAAAUAAAGAAAAAA